AUGGCGAAUAUUUCAAGAAAAACAAUAUUAACUCAUUUUAUGUUUACGAUUUAUACAGAUAAUUUACAAAAAUAUAAAGAAUUAAUAAACGAAAAUGUUAACAGAAAAAUUAUUCGAUAUAUUGUUUUUCAAUACAAAUAUACUAAAACAAAUAAAAAACACAUACAAGGAUUUUGCAUGCUAUGGACACAAUUGAGAUUGGGAAAUUAUAAAUACAGUAAAAAUGCUUCGACAAUUAAAAGUAUUUUUCAAGAUGAAGAAAUGCAUGUGGAUUAUCAUAAUGGAAUAUUUGAAGACAUGAUCAGAUAUUGUAAGAAAGAUUACAAUCGGUGUUCUAAACAUCAUCCUUACUAUAAAUAUGAUUUUUUUAAUUUAACAAAAAUAUGCAACAAGUGUGAUAAAAAUUGCUUGAAAUUUCACACGUUCGCGUGUGUUGAUGAUAAUUCUGGACCAUUUGAAUAUGGAGAAUUACCAACAAAUAAUAACGCUGAAGACGUAUUUGUUAAUUCGGGAACUGCACCACAUAUAAUCAAAGAACUUUACAAUACUAUUCGAGAUAGUCAAAAAAAAUCAUUUAAAAGAUAUUUUACUCCUUGUAAUAUUUAUAUCUAUAGUGACUCAAGAACAGGAAAAGAUUAUUUGAUACAAAUACUUUUUUCAGAUGCAUAUCAUAAAUCGCACGAUAAUAAGCAGUGGUUUGAAGAAUUUAAUUCAGAUAUGACUCUCGAACAGAUUGCUUAUAUAGUCGGAGAGGAUAAUUUAAUUGAAGAAUAUAAUGAAAUCAAGUACUACAACUAUGAUUUUAAAUCACAAGUUAACAAAUUUGAAUUAACAGACCAUAGAAUUGAAAAUGAUUUACAUGUUGAUAUGAUUGUAUAUCUGGAAGUAAAAAAAAAAUUAGAAAACAGGUUAUGUUUUAAAGAAAACAAAAUUGAUUAUGUAAUUGAAGAAUCAGAUGAAAAUUAUGAUUCAGAUAUAUCGAUAUCUUCAUUAUCUUCUAAUGAUAGUGAGACAACAAAACGUAGAAAAAAAGGAAAGGCUGUUUGUAAAGAACAUUAA